UUUUAUCAUCGCUAUUAUUAUUAUUAUUAUUACUAAUAAUACUCAUCCAAAAAAAAAAAACACAGCCAGAGUUGUGCAAGUGGUUUUGCAACGCGUUAUUAUUUCGGGAAACAAAAUAACAUGGAUAUUGUUGCAAAAUGUUGCGCGUUUUUGCGAAAUGGAAAUCGGAGCUGCUAAGCUGUGCUCAGUUUAGUUUUUUGGGGGGGUUUUAAACGCGCAGCUGCGUGUUCAAUCGAGCGACUCUCUCGUUUGUAUUUAUUUUGUGUUUUUCAUAAAGGGGGGGGGCAGCGUAGUCCCAUCACGUGAUGCGGGAACCCUUCGCUGAGUUUGCAGGCAAGCUUCAACGAGAAGGCGGCGGCUUCCGGUUUUUGGACUUCACUGUGUUGAAAAUUUGCCCAACAACCAAAUUCAUAACGACCGUCUGACUGGGAGGGAACAGAACAGAAUUUGUUUCUUUUUUAAAUUAUUAUUAUUAUUAUUCACACAGAACACGGAAAUACUUUAAUUAAAACAAAACAAAAAAAAAACAGAUUCUGUCUGACAAGGAACCCAGAACCUAGAAUUCGAAUGACAGAACCUUAGAAUUCAGAAUUCGGAACCCGGAACCCAAAAUCCAGAAUUUGGCGGUCAGAACCUAGAAAUUGGAAUACGAAACCCAUUUGAAAUACAGAAUCCGGAAUUUGGAGCACAGAGCCUAGCAAUCCGAAGAGAAUAAUCGACUCUCUUCUGAAGCGUGCAUGAUUUUACGAAAAGGUCUCCGCGGACUUUGGCUGCUGAAAUGAGCGAACACCAGCCGGAACACCCCUCGGAGAAUGGGCUGGUCCAGGGAGGGGAGGAGGCUGGGCCAAUCGUAUCAGCAGCAGAGCAGCCUGGGCCAAUAGGAGCGGAGGAGACCGAACCAACAGGCGAGCUGGCGGGGAGCGAGGAGUGGGAGAUCGAGCUGGUCCGAGCUGAUGGGAAGGAGCACGAGGAUCCGCAGCACGCGGAUCUAAUGACUGGAAGCCGUGAGGUGAACGGCACAGCAGAUGGCCUGCCGGGAGAGAACGAGAGCAACGGCGGGGAGAGCGAGAGGGGGAGCAGCGUGGCGUGGAGCGAUGUCAACUUCCCGGGAGAGAGCAAGAGAGAGCGUCGGAACAACUCGUUCGGAGGCACCCGUCGGAAGAAGGCACUGGUGGAGGACGACUGGGAGGACUGGCCCAUACUGGGAUCCGGGUGGAAACGGAAAGAGGUGUUCAGGAGGUCUGGAGCGUCCGUGGGGAAGACGGACACCUAUUACCUGAGUCCGGACGGCACUCGGAUGCGCAGCAGGAUUGAGAUGGUGAAGCACAUCGGGGGUCAGCUGGACCUCACCCAGUUCGACUACAAAUCUGGGUGCUUCGUGGUGCCCGGGGGAACCCAGAAAAGGAAGAAGCGGGCAGGAAGAGGGAGGAAGAAGAAGAAGAAGGAGGAGGAGGAGGAGGAGGAACAGCUCUUGAUGGAAACGGACGAUCUAGCCUCCACCCCGGACUCCGUGCGGACCCCCGACCGCGUCUUCACCCCCGACAGGAUCGGCACUCCGGUCAAGACCCCCCAAACCAAAUACACGCCCCCCAAACUCUCGCCUCAACGCUUCUCUCUCCCAAAGGCCUCUCCCAUCAAAUUUUCCACCCCGCCGAAUAUCUCCCCCCGCCCCUCUUCCUCCACCUCCUCCGCCACCUCCUUGCACCCCGAUCCUUCCUCCUGGUCCCGAGCUGUGACGAAUGAGCCGCACAUCCUGCCUUUCGUUCCCACGGAGCCCGUCGUCUUGGGCUGUCAGAAUUGCGGGAAGCCUCUUUCCGGAAUGGAAUUCGGAAUAACCGGACAGCUGUGUUCCAACUGCAGCCCUGCUAUAAAACCAGAAAGCUCUCGAAAUAUCAUCUUCAGAAAGUGGCUGCCCUGCGGUCAGUGCGUGGCGUGCCACGUCACAGUGGACUGUGGCAUGUGUGCGAGCUGUCGGAAUGGGCUCCUGAACCCAGACUCGGCCCGGCCUGUCCGGUGUCGGAGAAGAAAGUGUCUCCGGCCCAUCCGAAAGAAGACACUGAAAGGACAGAAGCGUGGGAAGCAGAUUAAAUCCACAAAACUAAAGAAAAAACUGCAGUCAGAUUAUUUGGGGAGAAUGAACAAGAUAAGGAGCAUGCAGAAGGUGAAGCUGGAGGAGAGCGAGUCGGAGCAUUGGGAGGAUGACGAUUACAUCGUGCCGUACAGCAAGAAAGAGAAGAAGGAACAGUACAGCUGUUUGAGUAUGGGAACGAUGAGAGAGUUCCCCAUCCCACAAUACCACGACCCGGAAGACUUCUCGUAUUUCUACGUGGAUAAUGAGGAUGACAAUGAUGACCAGGACGGACCCAAGAAGCGAAGCCGGCGGUCGUGUGGCGGGUGCGAGGCCUGCCUGCGCACCACGGACUGCCGCACCUGCGACUUCUGCCAGGACAAGCCCAAAUUCGGGGGCCGGAACAAGAAGAGACAGAAGUGUCGCCUCCGGCAGUGCCAAGUGGAGGCCAUGAGGCACCUGCUUCCCUUCCAGAGGGGUCAGACGAAGCACAUGGGAGACGUCGGCUGGCUCGGACCAGGCAGGCAGCGCCCCCAGUCCCCCAGGACCCCCAAACUGCGCAGGAGCAAGGCGGGGCGCCCCCGAAAGACCCCGCGUCCCACCUGGCCCUCCUGGGAGGCGUUCGAGUUCGCUAACGAGGAGGAAGAGUACGAGCUGCAGUACGAAGAGGAGCUGGAAUUGGAAGAAGAUGGAAUGGAAGAAAACAUUGAGCUGGAACGACAGGGGGACCCCACACCUCAGUUGCCUCAAUACCCCGGUUACCUCAACCACAAACCAGAGCAACUAGACAACAGCUACCCCAUCGGAGUGCAGGGCUGCAUGAAGACAGAUUACGGAAACGUCCAGAUCAUGAAAGUGAAUGAGUUCUCAAGACCCGGAGCGGAGCUGAGCGAAUGCUUCCCCUCCACUGAAGUCCAGGUUCUGUACGACAGGACGGGGGCCCCUGUCCUCUUUGAGAAGCCGCCCCCCGUGGUGCCCCAGGUGCUAUACAGCAAGGCCACAGCGCCCCCUUUCUGCAGGGAGGAGCAGGUGCAGCAGGGAGCGCGGGAGCUGAUCGAGACGAUCGAUCUGGACGAGGAAGAGGACGAGGGGGUGAAGAUCGUGCAGGUCGACGAUGACGUGCUGGAGGUCACGCCAGUGAUCACUGGGAUCUACAGCCUUGCCUCCAGCGAGUCGCCCCAGCCCCAGCCCCAGCCCCAGCCCCAGCCCCAGCCCCAGCCCCACGAUCUCCUCCUCUUCCUGGACCGGAUCAGACAGGUCCCCCUCCCGGCACACUGGGUGGGUCUGGCGCUGGAGGGCCCGCGGAUCCAGCUGCUGCAGUGCUCCAAACUCUCCACCAUGUCUGACACUGUGGUCCAGAUCGAGCCCGGGUUCUACUACCAGAUCACAGUGCAGGGUCAGCCCCUGCUGCUCUCGCACCCGCUGUACGAGCGCCACCCCCCGCGGCUCCUCGCCGUCGGAGACGUCAUCGGCCUGCUCGCCGACCUGGAGGGGUACAGGGUGUGCCCCGGGUACCCCAAUAACCUGCCCGCAGCCGAGGAGGAGCUUGUGAUGUUUGUGAGAGCAGCAACCUGCGACCUGCUGGUGCAGAGCGAGGAGAGGUGUGAUCACUGCAGCGUGACCCCGCUGGUUGUGUGAGGGGGGGGGGCAGCCGGGGGGGGGGGGGGCAAGGAGGACAGGACGGACGGAGGUUAUUUUUAUUGAAACUUUUUUGAUUUAAGGAGUUUCUGAAAAGGCGUGCAAGGAUAUCACAUGAAGGACACCAGGAAAAACAGACAGACAGACAGACAGACGUGUUUUUUUUAAAUUUUUUAUUUAAGGCGUGCAAGGAUACAGGACACUUUGUUGAUUCUUGUAAUGAUUAUAAUUUGUGUUCACGCUGGAACGGACACAAACGGAGGUCUCGGUUUCAUGCGUUUGGUUUCCUUUCACCUCCUUUUUUGAUUACAACACAACCCUAAAAACUCAGUCAAUCAGCUGGAUUUGAACCCUGGACUCGAGAGGUGAAAGGAGAGUCUCUCUGUCUGUCUGUCGGCACCACGGAACCCUUAAAAACGACUUGCCCCCCCACCCCCCCACCCCCCAGGGUGGUUGUAGCGUGUUUUUUUUUUAUUUUUUCAAGUUCUGUGCAAGACAGACUCUACCUCGAUAUAACUUGUUUUCUAUAGAAGUUCGAUUUUGUCCUUCCCCCACUACUACAAACAAACUCACUAACGAAUAAUUAGAAUUAACAGCUCGUUAAGUCCUGGAAUCAAACAAAAAGCUGUUAAAAAUGUGUGUGCUUUUUUGUAACAACAUUGUUUUGUUGUUUUUAUAUUUUAAUGAAUUUUGAAGGUUGUUUGGGAUCAUUGGGUCUGAGUAAGAGGUUUUCAAACAUGUAUUUAUUAUUAUAUACAUAUAAUCCCCCUUCAGGUCACUGCGUGCAUAAUUUGCAUCAUCUAAACAUUUGCUGUCCUAUCGAUCUAUUUUAUAGUGCACCUGUUGUUUUAUUAAUAUUUUUUUUUAUAUGCAGGGGCAACACAAACUGUUACUAAAAAUGUCAAUUAAAAAAAAAAAAUUAUAAUAAUAAUAAUUUUAAAUUCGUGGCCGACGCAUAAUUCUUAACUGAACAGAAUCCUUUAAAAGCAGGGCAAAUUGCUUUGAAAAAAUGAACCAGUUUAAAUGUAAUUUUUAGCCUCUGUCCGGACCUUGUGAUGUCAUUUUUUUACCUGUUAAACCUGCCUGGAGAGGGACAGCCCGCCGGGACUGGGAUUGGACAGCGCAGUGAUAAAUCAGUUUGUGAAGCAGGAGCAAUUUGGAGGCUAAGAGUUAAACUAAACCUUAAAAAAAAAAAAAAUACAACUGAUGCCUUUGUUGUGUUGUUGUGUGUUUUUUUUUUUUUUCUUUUUAGCGGAUUAAUUAAACAGAUCCCCUUUUUAACAGGCGAAGGUUGCAGGUAUUUUUUCACUGUUGCCUCUUAACACAGACUUGCGUGUCCGCAGAUGCCCACUAGAGGGCAGUGAAGCUGCUGGUGGUGAUGAAAAAAAAAGAGGUCUUUCGGAACAGGACAAAAAACGGCACUGGAUUCUACUUGAAUUGUGAUCGAUGGUCCAGCACAAUGCAUACUCUAGACACUAGGUGGCAGCAGUGGCCCGAACGAGGAUCUGUUUGAUUGCUUUUAGAAUGUUGAUUGUAAUUUUGUGUUAUGUCAAAAUGUACAGAAUGAGAUGUAGACAGAAAUGUUUGUUUUAUUUAUGACAUACCCACACUGCAGCCCCGCGCUCUAACCACUGAGCUACUCAAACCCCCUGCCUUCCACACUGCAGCCCAGCGCUUUCUUUAUCCAACCACUGAGCUCCUCAAACCCGCUGCCUUCCACACUGCAGCCCAGCGCUUUCUUUAUCCAACCACUGAGCUCCUCAAACCCGCUGCCUUCCACACUGCAGCCCAGCGCUUUCUUUAUCUAACCACUGAGCUCCUCAAACCCGCUGCCUUCCACACUGCAGCCCAGCGCUUUCUUUAUCUAACCACUGAGCUCCUCAAACCCACUGCCUUCCACACUGCAGCCCAGCGCUUUCUUUAUCUAACCACUGAGCUCCUCAAACCCGCUGCCUUCCACACUGCAGCCCAGCGCUUUCUUUAUCUAACCACUGAGCUCCUCAAACCCGCUGCCUUCCACACUGCAGCCCAGCGCUUUCUUUAUCUAACCACUGAGCUCCUCAAACCCGCUGCCUUCCACACUGCAGCCCAGAGCUUGCUUGUUUUCUUUCUUUCUUUCAUUCUUUCACCACUGAGCUCCUCAAACCUCAGUAGAUGCAAUUUCUGUGUAUUGAGAAACCCAACUGCACAGUCAGUGUUUGGAUAAUACAGUUGUAAAAACAUUCAAUUUUUUUUUUUUUUUCUAUUUGUAAAACAAGAAUAAUUCUCUACUGUUUUAAUGAAAUAAAUACAUUAAAAAAAUAAAAUAAAUAACACUGGAUCGAUACUGUACUGUAAAAUAAAAUAAAUAAAAUGGUGUUUUCAGUUCCGAGAAUGGAAUUUAAA